AUGGUGAAUCUCCCUAAUCUGUUUUCCCUUGAUAUGCAUAGAUGUAAGCCAAAAGGAUUAUGGGUUAAACCGCCAUUGGGUUGUAUUAAGCUAAAUAUUGAUGGGAGCUCACUUGGGAACUCAGGCCCAGCUGGGAUUGGAGGGGUGUUUCGAGAUUCUUGUGGUAAUACCCUUCUGUCUUUUGCGGGCGCUAUUGGUGUGGCUACAACUAAUUCAGCAGAACUGCAGGCUUUGUUUAAAGGAUACAGAGUGAGAGGAGGCUCUGCUUACUCUUUGCAAAUGGCUAUAGCGGAAGAUAGGAUAAGCGAACUCCCAACAGAGAUAAUUCUCAUGAUUCUCUCAAUGCUAACGAUCAGAGAAGCUGCUAGGACCUCGGUCCUCUCUCGCAGGUGGAGGUCUUCUUGGACGUCCAUUCCAGCGCUAAACUUCGUACCAGAUACAGCAUACUCAUACUCAUGCCACUGGGCCAAUAUAGUCGAUUCAGUCCUCUCUCGCCAUCGCGGACCCAUUUCAGCGUUUAGGCUGGAUAGAAUAAUUUGGUGCAGCUGCGAAGAUAUCGAUCGGUGGCUCUCCAUCGUAUCCAGUCGAGGGAUCGAAGAUUUGGCCAUCGACUUUUAUGACCAAUAUUUGCCCUACAAAGUUCACCCUAGCUUCUUUUCUUGCUCAUCUUUGGUAUCUAUAGACUUAACUUCAUGCAAGCUCGAGAUGCCCACAGAUUUCGAAGGAUUUAAGUUUCUCAAAUUUCUCUCUCUGAAAACUGUGGCUCUUACUGAUACUAUACUUCAGACCAUAGUUUCCAUGAGUGAGAACUUGGAAGAUCUGACCCUUAUUGAUUGCGAGGGACUGCGUAAUAUCAAAAUCAUCAGCACGAGCCUCCUUAAUUUCCAUCUGUUUGGUGUUUUUUCUGAACUUGAUUUAAGUGGGAGUUUGAACAUCAAGGAUCUUUUCAUUAAUUGGGAUGAUGAUGGAAAUGGGGUUUGGCCACUGAGGCAGAUUAUCAAUGGUCUCACCAAAUUAGAGUCUCUGAGCGUCACUGGUUUUCGUCUAUAUAGCUUUUAUGAGAGGUCAGCUGAUGGAGGAAAUGGUGGGCUACCUACAAUUUAUAAUUUUCUGCAGGAAUUCGAGAUACAUCUAAAUUGUAUGGAAGUAUCAGAGAUCAUGGGUCUGGUUUGUCUGUUGAAGAAGUUCCCAAAUCUAAAUGCUCUUUGCCUUAAGGAUUAUGAGGAGGAGCUACAACCUGAGGGCAAAUUGACUAAGACUAACUUGGAGACGUUGAAUUCUGAUGCUAUGUCUUGCUUGGCUCAACUCAAAAAAUUAAAGCUGGUACUGGCUACUCACUGUGAUGAAACUCUUGACAUAAUUGAGUUUUUUCUGUUGAAUGCGGGUGUAUUGGAUGAGUUUUUUAUCAAAAUUGGGAGUCUUCAGAAUCAAGAGGAGAAAUCAAAGGUUGCGGAGCGGUUGGAUUCCUUUCCUAAAGCUUCUCCUGAGGCUAAGAUCAUAUUUAGCUAGACUUGUUAGCAUAUCACAAACUUGCAUUACUGGAUAUUCCUUCCAUUACUAUGUUGUUUA